AUGCCCGCCACGCGGAAAGCUGCUGUGGUAGCCUUUUUCGCAGCAUUCCUAGACGCCGACCCAACAAACCAGGCCACUCUCGUCGAUGCUGCAACAGAAAUGGCAAACGGAAUUUGUAACAGGGUCUCUUCUUUGAUCGUCGUGGACACCUCGAGAAUGGUGUCCCCGCUCUUGAUUGGUGUGAGUCCGAACCCGUUGAAUUUGGAUGACAGUAGUGACGCUCUCCGUGUUUGGAUGUACGACUCCUGGUUGCUGGACGAAUCUAGCCGUUGUCUGCUGCCCGUUGUGUCGCAGUCCGACGAGCAAGAGAGCAGCGUAGAAUAUUCGCUGGGCGCUGUUUCAGGCUCGGGAGCCUCUAAGGAUUCAAGCAUGGUCAAGGUAUUAUUGAACUCGGUGGCUUGCUCGGUCUCUAACUCAGACGCUGGCGGGGAAUGGCUACUCAACUUUGCUUUUCUGGGUUUGAAUAGCCCGCCAUGGAACCACCAGUUCUGGCGUUGUUUCUUGACCAGUUCUUUCCGCUUUUGCUUGAGAGUCUUGAUCUUUUCGUCAAUUUCGUGUAAGUCUAUGUCAUCGGUGAUCGGAGUUUGGGGUUUUGGUGAUUCACCGAUCACCGUUUCCACUGGGCUAGCAGCAUCUUGGAUCCCAGGCGUUGAUUUGGGCGAUUCAAACAGAGGACUCAGUUUAGUACCUACAAAUGAUGCCUUUCCAAGCUCGUCCAAUUUGUCGACCUGA